AGCUGCCUUCAUCUUAUCGAAUAAAAGUAGUAGAGCGAGAUUAUUGUUACUAGCGUUGAUACUAGUCGAGGUGGCGUUUGAAACACUAAAUAAUAAUAAUAAUAUACAGAGGUUUUAACUGAAGGACGAACAGUGUUAACUCAUCCAGUCCAAAAUGGUUAAUGUUUUGAAAGGAGUUCUCGUUGAAUGCGAUCCAGCUAUGAAGCAAUUUCUUCUGUAUCUGGACGAGACGUCAGCACUGGGGAAAAAGUUUAUAAUCCAAGAUUUGGACGACACACACGUUUUCAUCCUGGCUGAAGUUGUGCAGAUCCUCCAGGAGCGAGUUGGAGAACUAAUGGAUCAGAAUUCAUUCCCCGUCACUCAGAAAUAAAUUUGUACCUUCCUACGGUCUGUGGUAGCAGGUGAAAGUAGAGAUUAUUUGAGCCAAUUCCACAACAACGCAUCAACAAAGAUGCACCUGCAAGAUAUAUAUGAUAGUCUACCAAGAUGUUGCCUACUAAUGGUUUAGAUGGCUGUGGCAUCCAAAUUUGAAGUUUUGUAAAUUCUUUAAGAUUAAGAAUGUUUCAAAGAGUUUCAUUUCUAUGUUCUGAUACUUUUAGAAAUGUAUGGUUAAAACUGUGUUUUGCGAGGGAAGUGGCAUUCACUAAAAAUACUAAUUACGUUUAGUUUUUCAACAUUGCAAAAUAAAAAAUAAUUUAUCAUGUAUAUCCAUAAUAUAUUUGGAUAAUGUACAAAUGAAAGGGAUGCAGGUUUUGUUAGUCAAAUAAAUAAAUAU